GCCUCUGUCAGCUCCUCUGAUGGGGAGCGAGGAGUGGAGACCCGCGGAAUCGCUCCUCCUCUUGCCAUUCAGCCGGGACAGCAACAAAAAGCACGCCAGCAGCUCCGUCCACGCCUCUCGCCGAGACAUUUUGAAGGAGCAACUCCACCACUUUUAUAUUGCCAACGAACGCCAGGAAGCCCAGGGAAGAGCCGCCGGCCCCAGUCUGCAGGACGACACCUCGAGGGGCGCUGGCGCUCACUUCGCUUCAACAAGUGGGGGGAAAGGCUUGACUCCAACCGAACAUGCCGCGCUUGUGCCAAACAGACUAACUACAGUCCACAGCCAGCGGCGCUGAGAGGAAAGCGAAAGUAAAUUUGGACGGGACAGAAAUCUCGGGCGCACCGCAAAGCCCAGCUAAGCCUGCUUCGGCUCCGACAGAGGCUCUGUCUCGUCCCGCGGCGCCAAAAGUGCCUGGAAGACCUCCGAAGGCGUAGCUCAGGUUGUCGCACCCCGGCCCGCGGGCACGCAAACAAACACACACAAAAGGACUAAUCGCCGUUGCUUUUGCAGCCGCGGCCAAGGUUUUGUACCCAGGGAACACUAUGAGCACGACUCUGGCACCACCAUGAGCAGCAAAUUACCUCCUCGCGGACCAUGUUCCAUGCUUUUUUAAGGUAUGUCUUUGGGAUUCAACCACUGUUCCUAGUUCUGAUGCUACAGGUGUCCUCUGUGUCUGAGAAGGAAUGUCUACAGAAUCGUUACCUGAAUAUUCUAAGACAUCAUCUUGGAAAAUUGGUAAAUACAUCUGAACGCCUUGAUGGUGAAUGUAGGCAAAGUAACACUGAAGGAUUAAUCUGCAAUGCUACCCAGAAAAUAUAUAAUAUGGCAUGCAAGCUCAAGAAACUAUCCAACUGUACCAUGAAUGCUGAUUUAAAGAAAAACAUGAUCAGUGUUUAUAACCACACAUUCAGCUUGCUACAGGCAUGCAAGAAGGAAGAAAAAAGACGUCAAAGGACAAACACUUGCCAGAAAUCAAAUUCUACAUUCUCGUGUCACAUAAAGAAAACCAUCUGCAAGUUUAAGUUAUGCUGGAUGCAGUAUAUGAACCUUACGUGAAACGUGGUGCAACUACAACAUUUUUUGUGGACUAUUUUUUAAAUAACUUUGCACUUCCUGUACAUCUUAUCUCUGCUUACUCAAAUAUUGUUCAGCAAAGUCCUCAUAAGACAAUGUUGUACUGUGUCUGGGGGAAAUCAGUUGGAAAUAUGUAAGAUACCCUCAGUGUUUUGAGGAGCUGCUCAGCACCAACAGAUACAAACAAAUGCAGCUGAAUACUAUUAA